GCCGCGCCAGCGCCCUCCACCCCGCCGGCUCCGCCAGCCCCGCGCAGAGCCCACGGGGUCCUAGCCGGUGCGGAGCCGCAGCAGCGGGAUGGGCCUGGGCCCCGCCGCCCCCGGGGAGAGAAGGCGUCGCCUCUCUCGCUUCCCCCGGCCCCGCCCCGGCCCCGUGCCGCGAGCCGCAGAAGAAUCAUCUCAAGCGUUGGUCCAGCUCUCGCCCAAGGAGCCACAGCAGGGAACCUCAGAGCUGAGCAGAAGCAGCCAGGAGGGGGAGAAGCCCAUAGUUAACUUGGAGACCACACCCAAGGAGAAAAGAGCAGAGUUGAAUUCAGCCCCGAAGCCUGAGAACACCGGGAAAUUGGCAAAGCAACCUGCUGAGGGCAAACCAAGGCCCAGACCCGGAGACCUGAUUGAGAUUUUUCGAAUCGGCUAUGAGCACUGGGCCAUCUACGUGGAGGACGACUGCGUGGUGCAUCUGGCUGCCCCGAGUAAGGGUGAGGAAUUCGAGGCGGGUAGCAUCACUUCCGUCUUCAGCAACCGCGCGGUCGUGAAGUACAGCCGCCUGGAGGACGUGCUGCACGGCUGCUCCUGGAAGAUCAACAACAAGCUGGACGGGACGUACCUGCCCCUGCCCGUGGACCAGAUCCUCCAGCGCACGAAACAGAUGAUCAACAAGAUUGUGCAGUACAGCCUGAUCGAAGGGAACUGUGAGCACUUUGUCAAUGACCUCAGAUACGGAGUGCCCCGGAGUCAGCAGGUGGAGCACGCACUGAUGGAAGGCGCGAAGGCUGCGGGAGCGGUCAUCUCAGCUGUCGUGGAGAGCAUCAGGCCCAAGCCCAUAACGGCCUGAAGGAGCUCGGAACUCCAAGCAGAGAAGGAACUGCUGUCAUCGGUAGGGACGACGUGCCUCCUUGCCUCCCCUUGCCUUCUCUUUCCAUAGCCCCACUCGAGAAAAUUGUGAACUUCUGGAAGAAUCUAGAAUGUAUCCAAAGACCCCUCCAGAAAUACAUCCAAUAUAUGUGAUCCUAGAUCCAUGGACUCUCGGGGUGAGAAGAAACUAAUACUUAUUAUUAUGCUUCCACCAGGCACCAGGCACCAUGCUAGGCAUUUCCUAGGCUUGUGUCAUCUCCCUCCCGGUGGGAAGGGUCUUGCUGGUUUCUCAGGCUGACUCUGGUCUGUGAUGUUUGAAUACCACCUACGCCAUCCUGGAGCCCUCUGCUUGAACAUUCCCAGGAACAGAGAGCUCUUUUUCAGAAGUUCUUGUUCUUGAACUAGAAUGUCUCCAGCUUGUCGCCCUCACGCGCAUCCAGCUCUUCCUGACCCGCAGCGCUGUGCGGGGGGAGGAGGGCUUGAAGGAAACUCAGUGGCUUGCUAUGCAGGGUCCCCUGUGCUUAAUCCAAAAUCAUACACCAGCCUUAUUCUCUGUUGCUGAACACCCCCUGCUUUAAAGUAUAAUCAACAUUUACUUUGCUUUUUUCUACCUUAGAAUUACUGGAAAAUCGGAAAUAGUUAUUUUCACUGAUUUCAGAGAACUAUUUAAAAUACUUUCCUCCACGGACUUCUGUGCACAUGAGGGAGAGGAAGGAGUGAUUUUUGUGUGUGUGUUGACUGCUGUUGGCAUGAAAGCAGAUCUAGAAUGAAGACCAGGGCCUGUUGGUGUUCGUUGAGAGCCGAAGGGAUCCAGGAAGGCUAGAGAGGGCCUCUCAGAAUGGCUAGGAACCAUGAGUGAUGUGGACAGAAGCAGGACGGAGCCCCCAGAGCAUUUCACAUGAGAUCUGUUAGGAUGGCCCGUGAGCCUUUCUCCUAUUUGGACAAAGUAGACUCUCAGCGAAACUCUUCCAUUUCUUCCCCCUCCCACUCUUUUCCUAGCAAUCCAAACUUGACUGCAUCCUCCUGUUGUCUAGACGCUGGGUCUGGGUGUGUGUGUCUGUCUUGCAUCUGCCUUUUCCAAUGACCUCUCUCUCUGCUUUGCGUGGGAGUUCCAGGGGUUUGGUUGGUGGAGCAUAUGCCCUCAUUUCUGUGAAUCAUGAGGAGGAUAAAGUCAUUAUUACCCACCCUGAGUCCCUCCAACCAUCUCUUCCCCACCCCCUAGAAUCUCCUGAGCUCCCAAUACUGCUCCCUUCAGCUCCUUUUUCAUUAUGGUCUAGAUUGAGGCUUCCUUUGAAGUAGAACCCAACCACCAGGAAUUUAUCUCCUGUAAAGUAUAUUCAUUUUAGUUUUGAAUUAACUCUGUUGUAUAUUAGUGAACUUUUUGAUUCUGACUCUGACCUCCCAGACCGUAGUAAUCAUUCAUCCAAAAAACCAGAUUUGUUUGGUCAACAGACAACUCCCCCAUGCCAGAGAGUGGUUAGUAACUUGUGAACUAAGGGCUCAUCUAUCUCUUGCUUAGGUUCGGGACAGAAGGACACUUCUGGGACGUCUUUCAGUUUGCACCCGGUGGGCCCGAGGGCCUCAGUUGCGUAUCAGGGUUUACGUUCAUUCAUUCAUGCAACAAACAUUUUUGAGCGUCUAGCAUGUGCCACAUCCUGGCUUUCCCCACCUUGGCCUGAACCCACCAGCAGCGCUUAGGGACAGCAGCAAGAAGUUGCAUCGGCUGGAAGGACACAAGACACAGUGGGGUGUGGGGUGGAGAACACCUGCUGGACGGGGUCUACUCCUGCCUCACAGGUGCACGUAAGGCUGCCAGCUCUGGAACGCCCGCCCUACACUUUGUAGGUGUGGGGUGGGAGGGAGGAGGGUUUCUUAAAGUGCUGUUUACAAACCUGGAGCAGCUCCUGACUUCUAUGGUCAUAACUGAAUUCUCUGCUUUGGGUGGAACCACUCGGGUGAGCCUUCUCCGUCUUGGAGCUAUAAGGAACACACCUGCUGUUCUGGGAAAGCCACGUGAAUGCCAAUGUUUCCGCGACGUUAUGCAGAGAUC